AUGCGAAAUGAAACUGGAUGCUUUCUGCAGAAUAUUCAGCUCGUGAAUUUUAUGUGCCAUGAUAAUUUGUAUGUGGCAUUUACUAAAAAAGUAACAUGCUUGGUGGGGAACAAUGGAAGUGGUAAAUCUGCCAUUAUGAUUGCACUGGGGGUGCUGUUUGGCGUUCGCGCAACAGCCAUGCGGGGGCAUUCUUAUAAGCAGUACAUCAAAACAGGAGAAGACUACUCUGUGAUAAGAGUAGAGCUAAAAGUAAAAGGAGAAAGCCUCCAGCCAGAUGUGAUCGUAAUUGAGAAAAGACUCUCCCCAGAGAGUUCUCGUAUACGAAUAACCACAAACGGAGAAGCAUCUGGCAAGACGCAGGAUGACUUGAAUGCUCUGAUAGAGCAAUUAAGAAUAAACCUAAGAAAUCCACUGUGCUUUCUGACGCAGGACCAAGCAAAGAAGAUCUUGAAGGCGCACAACUUAAAAAGCAUCUAUUCCUUCUUUAAGUCUGCCACAGACAUUGAGAACAUUGAAAACAACCAGAUCCACGACCAGCUCCUGCUGCAGGAAAUAAAAAAGUCGUUGGAGGCUGCAACUACCAGGCAGGCGAACAAAGAAAAGACACUAGAAGCAGUGGCAAACAGGCUGGAAAUAAAAGAUGCAAUCAUAUCUGCAGAAGAGUCAAUUAGAAGAUUAAAGGUGGAAUAUGCUUGGGGAAGGGCACACCAGGAAGAAAAGCGAAGAAUCGCAGCAGAAAGAGAGAGGGAGCAUAUGCUAAAUGAAUACGCAUCUAAGUCGCAGGAGAAAAAGAACAAUCUUGCAAAACUUGAGGAGAUCACAGGGAAACUCUCUGUGCUAGCGCAGAAAAAGAACUCCCUCCAGGUUAGGCGGCAGGACAGGCUUGACCAGAUAAAGGAAACUCUGGGGAAAAAUGAAAGAAGAAAAGUUGAAAUAUUAAAAGAACUUGAGCAGUCAGAAUACGACAUAGAACAAAUGAAAAAGAAAGUAUCCAGGAUUGAGCAAAUACUAGGCAGACCAGCAGAGACCUCUGAGGACCAGAAAAAGAGUGAAGAGAGUCUAGAAGCAGCCCUUAAGGAGCUGAACAACGAAAAAAACCAGAAUGAAAAGGAACAGGCACAGCUGGCAGUGCAGAAAGCACAAACGGAACUAACUAUCUCCAAGGUGCACAAAGAGAUUGAGUCUCUUGAGCAGAGCAGCCAGAAGAAACAGCUUAUUCUGCAGUCGUAUAAGCAGCAGAGCCCAAUUAAAUUCUACGGGCCUGCAAUGGAAGCUGCCAUUGCCGAAAUAAAGGCACAGAAUCUAGAAGUCACAGGACCCAUUGGCCUGGAAAUACAUGUGAAGGAUAAAAAGUGGUCCCGAGCCACUGAGUCUGCUCUGGGCAGCUGCAUAUUCGGGUUUAUCUUGCACUGCAAGAACGUGAAGGCGCGGCUGGAGGGAAUUUUUGCAAAGCACAAAGUGCACAGAUACCAAAUAUAUGUUACAACCCCACAUGCUAUAAGAAAAGACGACAGAAUUCUGGAAAAGGCCCUCAAAGUCUCACAGAGCAUCAUGCAGCAGGCCAGCUCUGUGUCUUCCUCUCCUGUUACAACAGUUCUUGCGCAGAUACAGGACAGCAACCCGCUUGUUGUUGAGCAGCUGAUUAUUCUUCUGGGUAUUGAGAAAAUAGGCCUUCUGGACAACAGGCAAAGUGCAUACACCCUUCUCCAGAAGAAAGUCGGGUUUGAAUUUUUCCUGACACCAGCGCCAGACAGAAUCCAGUACAUUGGGACAAGCUUAAGCGACAUGCGCUGUACUGUGCGCGAGAAACAGCUUCUUGUUUCACAGGAGAGCGAGACAGAGCUGCUUCAUGAGAUUGAAAAGAUGAAAGAACAGCAGAAGGAGCUGUUUCAGAGAAAGAACACUCUCAUUGCAUCUUCAGGAGAGAUACAGAGUGCACUGGCCAGCCACCAUGAGAAACAGGCUUUAAUUCAGGACAGAAUAGCAGAACUCGAAGAAGAGAUAAAAAGAAGGGAAACCAUGCAGACGGAUGUACUGGAAAUAGAGUACAAGAAUUCUAUUCAGAUGAUGGACGCAGCUGAAAAACAGAAAGUGUCUGUAGCAGAGACGUACAAAGAAGUUCUUCAUGAAAUAGCUGCCAGUCAGGCAGAAAUAGUAAGGAUCCUUGAGGAGAAUAAAUGUGCACAGGAAAGAGAAGAGGCACUGCACAAAAAAGAAAUAAAGCAGUACACUCUGGAGCACGAAAAUAUAACCCAGGCAUCGCAGGAAAAUGAAGCACUACUGGCAAGCCUGCAGAGAAGAAUAGAUAAGAUGAACUCGCACCUGGAAAUGCUCCAUAAGGAGUGCGCCUGCCUGAGAGACACUGCAAUGGAUCUGUCUUCGCAGCAUAUCCUGCAUGUGGAGAGGGAGCCAAAUGAAAUUGAGGGUGAAAUCAUUAGCCUAACAGCAAAGUCGUAUGCAUACUCGUCGCAGCCAGCUCUGCAUGAAAUGAGCCAGAUUGAAGGCAUGGACAGCACGAUUCUGGAUGAAGAGGAGGAAAGAAGGGUGCUGCUGGAGAAGAAAAAGGAGCUAGAGUGCGAGAUAGACAGAAUAAAUAUGCUUCUUCAGGAGAACCAGGAGGAAAUAGAAGAAAUAGAGAAGGGAACACUGGAGAGAGUGCGCAAAAGAGAGGACCUCACGUACAAAAUAUCCAACUCAAGCAUACGGAACUUCUCUGACCUAAUGAGCAUGCGAGAGUACUCGGGCUCUCUUGAGUUUGAUCACCAAAAAGAAGUGCUUGACAUAAGGGUGAAAGUCACAGAGGCAUCAAAAGGCGACAAGAAUUCGCUGAGUGGCGGGGAAAGGUCUUUCUCUGGGCUGUGUUUCCUUCUUUCGCUCUGGCCACUGAUCACUUCUCCACUGCGCAUUCUGGAUGAAUUUGACGUGUUCAUGGAUGCACUGAACAGAAAGGCUGCUCUAAAUCUGAUAUUUGAGACUGCCAGACGGAUUGACACACAGGUUAUCAUUAUAACACCGCUUGGUGUCUCUAAUCCACCUGCAGAUAUCUGCGAUGUAAUUACUUUAAAGCCCCCUGUGAGAUAG